GCUUUGUAUGUUGUUGAUCAAAAAACAACAAACCUUGGGUGACCAAGGGCCUAAAAACAGUGCUUAACAAAAAGAAACGUGUUUUUCACGGGUUCUGGCCACAACAGAAAAUUGGUACAUAGAGAGGUCCAUGAUGCUAUCCGUUGGGUCAAGGUGAAGCACAAGUCCAAAAUAGAGUCUCAGUUUGCUACAGGUAACAUCCGAGUAGCUUGGCAGGGACUCUGUGUGUGUCUCUUUGACACAGACAUCAGGCUAAGUAGACAAUCAGUAUUAUAUUAUUCACUUCCAAGUUAUCAGUAAAUAAACACAAAAAUGAGUUUCCAUUAUAAAUGACUCAUGCUGGUAUGUUGCGGAACAAUACAUAAUGGCAGAAGACAAGUUGGGAUACUUGAUGUUUAUUUUUCUAAUAAAGUGGUAUUCUGUAAUUUCACUCUAAUCUCAUGCAUCAUUAAAUGUACAUCCAAUUCCAUUUGAUAUCGAAUGUCUUCAGGAAAGUUUUCCGUUGUACGAGCUACCAUUUGAUAAAACAACUCAUUCUGGGUAGCCUGUCUUGGCUCCACCAUUGCUUUCUCCAUGAACCUCUCCCUGGACGUAUGCAGUUGUUCUAGAAGCUCCACAUCCCGUGAAACUGGCUUGGUGGUGUCUAAUUUCUCUACCUUCCUCUUCUUUCUUGCACAGUCUGGUGCCUUUGGUGGUGGUGUUUGCUCGUACACACUGGGUGAGGUUGGGGCAGCAGUUGCUUCAGCAACUUUGCAAAUGAUUUAGUGUUUUUUCUUUUUAAAUCAAAAUUAGUCUGACUACAUGUUGGCUUGGGCAUAAGUGGUUUUAUGAGAGUAAAAGAUUUCUUCUGUUUCCAGUUUUGAAAGAGGUUGUGGAAAGUCAGCUAAAGAUGCAGCGAAGUACACAGGCCAUGAUGAUUGUUAUAGGAGGGUUCUUGCAACCCCGGACAGGGCCCAAGAACCCAAGACUACAAGGUGUAGAGAAGAUAGAUCCUCGUUCCAAUUCCUGGUCUUCUCUAGCGGAUUUUCCGAUGAAAAGUUCAGGAGCAGUAGCCCUUACCCUUCAUGGUCAUUUAUUUUGUUUGGCAUAUGAACCUGUUGAAAAUCGCCGUGAUGCCACCCUAGUCACAGAAACAAGAUUUUUUGAAUUUGACUUGGUGAAAAACCAGUGGCAUGAUGCAAGGAGCAAAUUUUCAGAUCAGGUCUUGACGUGUAUAGAUGAAUGUUUGCAAGCUUCUGGUGCAGUGACCAUGUGUGAGGAAACAAGUGUGAUCUACACUGUGUCUGGUACUGAGGUAUGUAGGAUACCCUUCACGGAACUUGAUGGAAAUAUCUUUUGUAAGCAAGUGCAUUAUUUGCCCAAACCUGCUGAAUACAUGUCGCCAUCACAUUGUAUGCAUUCAGCCAUUGUGGUUGUCACCUGCACUCUACAGUGCCUUUCAGACAAGGAACAUAAGUAAAUCAAAACACAGACAACAAUUCAAAAAUAUAAUAUAAUUUAAAAAUUAAAAGAGAAACACAACACAAAACAAUUCCUAAUUUCCCAACCCCACAGUUCGAAAACACGUUUCUUCCAAAGUUUCAAAAGUAUUCACUCUUCUUGCACAGUUCCUCUCAAAGUCUCACUUGAAACAGCACAGCGUUUCCGCUUCUAGCAUACACCAUAUAUCCACAUGAAAAGUACACAAAGUUUCCACUUCUUAAAGUUAUAUCCAACUCAGCACUGGUCAGGAACCCCAGGCGGAUAAGACGAGUAGACGAAGAACAAUCAACCAAAAGUAAAAUAAAACACAAAAGAAAAAC